AUGGGCGGGGUUGCUUCAGUCCCGACCGACCGGAGCAGGACGCUCAAGGUAAUCGGCGCAGGAUACUCGAGGACCGGAACGGUGUCAAUGGCAAUGGCACUAGAGAAGAUACUCGAGGGACCCGUGAUGCACGGCGGUACACAGCUCUUUGGUCGAGAAGACGCUAAGCCAUCCCUCGCAGCCUACGUUAAGCUCUGGUCGCAAGUCUUCGCCGCCCGCCACGACAAACCACGCCUGCUCAAGCUCCUCCGCGAAGCGACUGCGGGCUUCGUAGCAAUCACCGAUGCGCCUGGAAAUUGCUUCGUCGAAGAGCUGCUGGAGCUGUAUCCAGACGCCGAAGUCGUAUGCGUGCGACGCGAUCCGGAGAAAUGGUGGAAGAGCUGGUCCUCUGUGAGCAUGCAGGCGGAGCCGGGUUGGCUUGCUUGGUUCCUUGCACCGGUACCGGGGAAGAGAUGGUUUCCGCGGAUAGUGGUGCAGUUUAUGGAACAGCAGGAGGAGAGAUUUGGUCCUAUGAACCCGAGACGGAUGGAAGAGCAUAACGAGUAUGUCAAGGCAGUCACGCCGCCCGAGAAGUUUCAUAUGAUGGAGCUGAAGGAGGGAUGGGCACCAUUGUGUAAGAUCUUGGGGACGCCAGUGCCAGAUGAGCCCUUUCCAAGAUUAAACGACGCCGAUGCAGUAAAGGGAACAGUGAGCCAGAUUUUCAUCCAAGCGGGAACAAUUUGGGCGAGUAUCUUAGCAGUAGCCGGAGCCUUAGGGUAUGGCGCUUGGUGGCUGGGGAAGAUGGCCUAGGCGUAGAUGC